AUGCGACGGUUUCGGACAGUCGAACGCCAUCCUCUUCAACAUCCUCAGCCGAGGCGAGUCGACUCCGAAGCGGGUUCCUCAGACAUGCCACUCAACGGCCGAGAGACGCCGAGCUCCGAUCCAGAGCAGCCCACGCUGGCCGGCGUGCAGACGCUUAAAGCAUGCCUCAAGAAGUUCUGGAGUCUGGAUUUAAGCCCCAAGGAGUACGCUUAUCUGAAAGGCACCGUGAUAUUCAAUCCAGAUGUGCCGGGUCUGAAGGCAUCUCUGUUCAUCGAGGGUCUGCAGUAUGAAGCUCAGCACGCUCUGAAGGAGGUCCUGGUGCCUCUUCAUCCAGAGGAUCGAGGGCGGUUUGCUCGAAUCCUCCUCACCGCGUCCGCUUUAAAGACCAUCCCUCCGAGCCUCAUCACAGAGCUCUUCUUUCGGCCGGUCAUCGGUCAGGCAGAUCUGCUGGACUUGUUGAUCGACAUGCUUUUCUCGAGGUAGCGACCCAAAGACUCACAGACUUUCCACAGAGCGUUAUCUUCUCCAGUGUUCGUGGGAAAGCUGAGGUGCGAGCGCUGGAUGAAAAUCACACUGCGUAAGGGUUACGUUUGAAAUAUCUGACAAGUUACAGACUUUCGCACAGCUUUAUUGUUUACACAGUUUAAUGAAAUUACUGCACCUUUGUAAUGGUAUUUAGGUCACCAGUAUGUGAUUUAUUGAUUGUUUCCUUCUUUUUUUUUUUUUUUGGAAGCACCUUUGUAGCGUUUUGUACGGGAUGAUUGUGAAACUACAAAGUAUUCCUUGAUGAAACUCUCUAGAAAAGAUCUCCGCACCUAUGGGAGGUUCAUGUAUUGUCUCUGUGAGAAAGCUAGAGGAAAACAUUUGUAUGUUCAUAAAUAUACUGCAAUUAAAUCUAUUUUUACAG